AUGCUCAAGGCCGCUCGGACCGAGAAGAGCGGCCGCAAGCGCGGCAAGAGGAGCGAGGCAGCGGUCGAGAAUAGACGCAAGCAGCUCCAGUUCAAGCACGGCUUGAAGGAUACAGGCAAUAAGCUUCACGACCUCGCGUACAUCGAGGACCACCCCUCGGAGAAUUCGUCGGGAGCCAUCGAGGAGGCGAAGAAGGAGGUCCUAGAUCAGAUCAUAGACCUCGAGCGUACGAGGCAGGAGAUAGCUGAGAGCAAGGCGAUCGAGCGCAUGGGCGAGCAGAUCCGAGGCGCUACGAACGCGGGAGGAGCCGCACCCGGUCUCGUCGACACGAAGGGGAUCGGCAGGCCCACGACGCUGGGCGACGAUCAGGAGAAGUUCGGAGCUUGGAACCGCAAGAUGGAGAACUACGUGAUAGGCGUGUACGGAGAGAGCUUUCGUCCUGUUCUUCGGUGGGCUGCAGAAGCCGAACGCCCCGUGACGAUCGAAGGGGCACAGGAGGCGCACGGAGGAGUACCAGAGCUGGAGACCAAGGUCCACCAGCUGUACGCGGCGCUGAUCAGCACGACGGCAGACGGCAGCGAGAGCAACGACCUCGUGACGGGCGCCCCCGACGGGAACGGUCUAGAGGCCUGGCGGAAGCUUCACCGCAGGUGGGACCCGACGACAGGUCCGAGGAAGAGGCUGAUCCUGAGGUCGAUCAUCUCGCCUCCGAAGUGCAACGCGGAAGAGCUGGGGUCCGCCUUAGAGAAGUGGAUCCAGCAGAUAGGCAAGUACGAACGCCGCCAAGGAGAAGACGGGCUGGCCGAGUUGCCGGAGGAUAUCAAGAUGGCGGCCCUCGAGAUGCUCGUGCCUCAGGACAUCGAGAACCACCUCGUACUCAACAAGCAUCGGCUCGUGACGUUCCAGGACAGCCUGAACGAGGUAAUGACGAUCGUAGAGGCUCGAACCGGCGUGAAGAUCAAGGAGCCAUCGAUCCGUGCACGGGCGCAUCAUCCGGACGACAUGGACGUCGGAUCGUUCGGAGCCCCGAAAGGAAAAGGCAAAGGCAAGGGCAAGGACGGCAAGAGCAAAGGGAAAGGCAAGACUCAGGAGCCGAAGGGGAAGAGCAAAUCGACGAGCGGAUCAUACUCAGGACACACGGCACCUCGAAGCACCGGCGUGCGCUUCGACGGCUACUGUCGGAACUGCGAGAGAUGGGGCCACAAGGCAUCCGAAUGCUGGAGGAAAGAGCAGGGAUCGAGUACGAGGGCUGGAACUGGAUCCGCAACGGGGGCAAGCGCUGGUGGUAAAGGUGGCAGCCGCGGCGGCAAGGCCGGCGGCAAGGCGGCAGGCAGCCUGGAGGAGGAGCCUGAGGCGGAGGUCGCCGCUCUGGACAUGGGCAGCUUGGACUGCCUGGAGCUCGCCAGCGGCAACGGCCGCGGCGUAGCGGCGGUCGACCUCUCCCCCUUCGUGCAGGACGACUGGAUGAAGUUCAACUGGGACAGCGGUGCAGCUGUCUCAGCAUUCCCUCGGAGCUUCGCGCCGCCGACGGGAAUGAAGGGCAACGGCAGCACGUAUCGUACGGCCAGUGGUGAGCUCGUCCCGGACGAGGGCAGCUUGCAGCUCAAGGCGGAGGACGAGUACGGAGUGCUACGAGCACUCAAGGGACGCGUGACGAACGUGCACAAGCCGUUGAUCUCGGUGGGGCAGGCAGCAGGAGCUGGACAGUGUUCAUUCCUGGGUCGCAAUGGCGGCUGGAUAUUCCACGAGAAGAGCCCAAUCGGCAAGCGCGUGGUAGGCAUGCUCGAGAAGGAGGCGAAGGCGGCGAAGCACCAGAUGCUGCCGGUCUAUCGCGAGCAGGGCGUCUACAACUUCUACCUCAAGAAGGGCCAACAUGGCUCGGUUGCUCCUCUCGAGGAGGGACUUUCGGCGAAGUCGAAGUCCGAGCUGGUGGAGCUCCUCAGCGGCAAGUCGAAGGAGGAGCUGCUGGAGAUCUUCGAGAGGACAGUCCCCAGGAGGCAGCCCUCGGCGUAA